AUGAAAGAGUUGCCUGAUGUCCAACCGUUGUUACAACCAUUCAAUUUCUCUGAAAAGCAACUCACUGAUUUAAUGAGCUCUAUUUCAACUCUACUAACUACAAUCUCACUUCCAAAGAAAGAGCUGAUUAUUAGCGGUGUUUUCAAUGCAAUGAUUAUCAAUCUUUUUUCUGUACUAUCUGUCUUGUUUGAUGGCAACAAGGAGCUUAUGAUAUCAUUUAACGAACAUGCAGAAUUUACGGUUAAGCCAGAUUUUUAUGGACAAGCACAAGACAUAUUCUUUUUACGAGAAGAUAAGACAGAUGAGGAGUCAGAUUGGGAGAAAUCUGCAACGGAUUCAUUUAAAACGAUACUUAUGAUGCGUAGUGUUUUAAGCGAAAAUAUUCAGAAAAUGAAAACUAUCAAAAAUCUAAAAGAUUGUAGCAAAGUGAUGGGAUUUGUUACGAACAGAUUGAAAUGCCAUUUAUUUGUUUUGGAAGCACAAUAUCCAGAACUUGAUCAAGCUACCACUUCAAACAACGUCACUCCUCAUUACUUUCUGAGUAUGGUGGAUUUAUCAACAAACAUUUAUGGAGUGGUUGUAUUCCUUGUGAAUCUUCUUCGGUUUUACCAAAAUCAUGUAGUCAAACAUGACCCCCUGACAGAAGAUACUUUCAAGGUAAAUCAUUCAGCAAAACACAAACCUCUCAAAAUGAAAAAGAUAUCUGUGGAGGAUUUGAAAAAAUCAAAAUCGCAGAAAAUAUGUAAUCAAAAGAUUACUGAUGUCAUUGAAAAGACAGAAGAUAGAGAGAUUUAUCAAAUAUUACAUUGUUGUGUCGCAAAGAAGGUCGAAAAAGAAGAAGAUUACAUUUAUAACCUCCUGUACUCGCAGGUUGAACAUUGUAUUCACUUACCUCGCCUUUUCACUAGAAAAGAUAAGCAGGGUUUCAUUCAAAUAGAGCAACUUAUGUCUAUAUCGACCAUCGAAUGGAAUGAAACAACAUUGAUGACGCUAGUGAAACAUAUUUCUUGUGCUCUCAAGUUUUUACAUCGCCUCAACAUUCUUCAUAAGAGAUGUAAAACCAAGUAA